CUCCUUCCGGCCGCCAUUUUAGGUUGGGUCGGUGGCGGCGCCAUUAAAAACAGGGAGCGAGAGGAGGAGGGCUCGGCGGGAUCGGCGCGCUCGGCCGGGGCCGCCAGCGGGGCCGGGGCCUCGGCGGGGAGGCGGCGGCACCGGGGGUGGCCGGUGCGGGGCGGCGGCGGCACCAUGUCGGAUCAGCAGUUCGCUCUGGACUCGGCGGCGGUAGCGGCUGGCGCCGGGGGCAGCGCGGCGGAGCCGGCGGAGCAGCCUGAGGGGCAGGCGGGGGCGGGGAGCACCGAUGGGGGAGGCGGCGGCGGCGGCGGCGGCGGGGUCGAGUCAGAGGGAGCCAAGAUCGACGCCAGCAAGAACGAAGAGGACGAGGGGAAAAUGUUCAUUGGUGGCCUUAGUUGGGACACCACGAAGAAGGAUCUGAAGGACUACUUCUCCAAGUUUGGUGAAGUUGUGGACUGCACUCUGAAGUUGGACCCCAUCACCGGCAGAUCGAGAGGCUUUGGCUUUGUGCUCUUCAAAGAGUCAGAGAGUGUGGAUAAGGUCAUGGACCAGAAAGAACACAAGCUGAAUGGAAAGGUCAUUGAUCCAAAAAGAGCUAAAGCCAUGAAAACAAAAGAACCUGUUAAAAAGAUUUUUGUUGGGGGCUUAUCUCCAGACACACCUGAGGAGAAAAUACGGGAAUACUUUGGAGCUUUUGGUGAGGUCGAAUCCAUAGAGCUCCCUAUGGACAACAAAACUAACAAGAGGCGUGGAUUUUGCUUCAUUACUUUCAAGGAGGAGGAACCAGUGAAGAAAAUAAUGGAAAAGAAAUACCACAAUGUUGGGCUUAGUAAAUGUGAAAUAAAAGUAGCCAUGUCAAAGGAACAGUACCAGCAGCAGCAGCAGUGGGGGAGUCGGGGAGGAUUUGUUGGAAGAGCUCGAGGGAGAGGUGGAGGCCCCAGUCAAAGCUGGAACCAGGGAUACAGCAACUACUGGAAUCAGGGGUAUGGGAACUAUGGUUACAACAGCCAAGGCUAUGGUGGUUAUGGAGGCUAUGACUACACUGGUUACAACAACUACUAUGGAUAUGGCGACUAUAGCACGGGAACUUCCUUGCAGGCCCUGUGUCGCGCUGACUUCACGAUUCUCACAGGCCCGCUCAAUGCGGACAGGGUACGAGAUGCUCACGCUCUCGAAUGCUGCCGUUUGGUGGAGACGCAGUAUUUUCUCAUUUGAAGAUUCAUUUGAGGUGGCACAUGCUACCUGCUAAUAGCAGUUGAAACUAAUUUUUGUAUCAAGUCCAUGAAUUGGAAGUAAGACGUUGGGUCCCUCUGAAGUUUAAUUGAGUUUUCAUUAAGAAAAAAUUGCUUUCAUGGUCUUAUUUCUUAAUUGCUAUGCUUAAGAAUCAAUUUGUUUUAUGCCCCUUCCUCAGUAUUGUAGCUCAAGUCUUGUGUUCCAAAGCCCAGUGUGACAGUGUCAUGAUGUAGUAGUGUCUUACUGGUUUUUUAAUAAAUCUUUUUGUAUAA